AUGAUUCAAGCCGCUCUUGAUAAGAUGCACGUGGACGACGCUGCGUUCUGGAAAAUCACAUGCUCGUGGCCCAGCGGCAUGCCCGCCAGGCAGAACGAGCCGCGCGUCACCAUGAUGGGCGAUUCCGCGCACUCCAUGGCGCCCGCCGGAGGGCUCGAGUCCAACACGGCUGUCCAGGGCUCUGCCUUCCUGGGUACGCUACUAGGGGAAGCCGGCGGGUUCCAGCUUGGGGCCACCGAGGCGUACGAGAAGGAGACGAGGGUGUAUGUGAGCGAGACUGUCCACAUGAGGUACACCGCGGCCAAGGGGACCUUUGGCAUAGGGGUUGAUGAGGAGAGCACACCUGCGGUGUAG